AUGGAAUCGGGCCUUUUGAUGAUUUUAAUGGUCAUCAUUAUAUUAACAAGAUUCAUUUUAUGGUCCUGCUUUAGUGUUUAUUUAGAUUACAGACUGGCUCGUAGGUGUCCCCAAAAGAGGAAGGAUUCCUGA